AGUCUUUCCCGGGGCGAGCCGCCGCAUAACCUAAUAAUCCAUCCAUCUAAAACACACACCAAGCCUCACAGAGGACCGGGAGUUCAAGAGCGCUUGAACAAACACUGAGGGGAGUGGAAAUAUCUUGGGGACGUGCUCGGUGCACUCUUCUUUCACAUGCGAACUUGUGCAAGUGCAACAUCCAUACUGGUGCUUUAUUUUCUUGUGCGUCGGCCAACUUAAAAAGGAAGAGAAGCGCUUCUGCUGCGGCUUUUGUUGCGCACGAGAAGUUGAGCGCGCUUUCAGAUCUGAGAAGAGUGAAAACAGAACAAGGCUGCUGCACGCAUCAUGGCAACAGGAGACUCUGGAAGUAAGAGGAAGAAUAAAGCUUGGACUCUGUUUUGCUUGCCUGUCUGUAAUUAUGGCAGAGAAGGACGAAGGACUUUUGUUUCGUUCCAUCCACUGGUUCUGUUUGUGGGGCUGAUUUUGUUGGCCAGCCUUCCUUUUGGAGCGAGCAUCAAACAGAGUGUCCCCAGAGUCAAACUCAGCUACAGAGAAUUGCUUCAGGCUGGAAGUAUCUAUCUGUUUGCGGGCCCUGCCGAUGGCCUGCACUCCCACUCUCUGCUGCUGGAUGAGGAGAGAGGCAGUCUUUUGCUCGGAGCUAGGGAUCACAUCUACCUGCUUGACCCGGACAAUGUGGGCAAAACCCCAAGGAAGAUCCACUGGCCUGCUCUGAGAGACAGAGUUGAAACAUGCAAACUUGCUGGGAAAAGUACAAAUUUGGAAUGUGCUAACUUUGUAAGAGUCCUCCACAAUUACAACCGGACACAUGUCUACGCCUGUGGGACAGGAGCCUUCCACCCCACCUGUGCUUUCAUUGAAAUUUCUGGGCAGAGAGAGGAUGGUGUUUUCCAACUGUUGCCUAAUACAGCAGAUUCUGGCAGGUUGAAGUGUCCUUUCGAUCCGUUGCAGCCGUUCACCUCAGUCCUUUCAGAUCAGUACCUGUAUGUGGGCACAUCAUCAGACUUUCUGGGAAAAGACACUACGUUCACGCGCUCCUUAGGUCCUCCGCCUGACCAGCACUACAUACGCACAGACAUCUCUGAAGACUACUGGAUCAACGCCUCACCGCAGACACAAAGAGCCGCCUGUAGCCUCAGGAUGAUUAUUGGCAUUCCACAGAAAAGGAAACAGUCUACUUAUUCAUUUCACUGGAACUUUUAUAUGAAUGCCACAACUGAACGGGGGCCACACCUACAGGGGAAUUUACAUGUGUUUCAGAAUGAUGUCGGCGGGCUUCGGAGUCUAACCAAUAAGUGGACCACCUUCCUCAAAGCCAGGCUUGUGUGUUCAAUUCCAGGACCAGAUGGUGUGGACACACACUUUGAUGAGCUCCAGGACAUCUUUCUGCUUCCUACCAGAGAUGAAAAAAACCCCAUAGUGUAUGCAGUCUUCUCUACUUCCAGUUCCAUUUUCCGGGGCUCAGCAGUAUGUGUAUAUAGCAUGGCAGACAUAAGGGCGGCGUUCAAUGGACCAUACGCCCACAAAGAGGGGCCCGACCACAGAUGGGUGGAAUAYGAGGGGAGAAUACCAUAUCCCCGUCCUGGAACGUGCCCCAGUAAGACGUAUGAUCCAAGAAUCAAAACCACCAAAGACUUUCCAGAUGAGGUGAUCAGUUUUAUUCGAUUCCACCCACUGAUGCACCACUCAGUUUACCCUCUGGCUGGUCGACCGGUCUUCACACGUGUCCGAGUGGAUUACUCCCUGACUCACAUUGUGGUGGACAGGGUUAUGGCAGAUGAUGGGCAAUAUGAGGUCAUGUUCCUGGGAACAGAUGCUGGUUCUGUUCUGAAGGUGGUGAGCAUCACUCAAGAGAAGUGGUCAACAGAGGAAGUGAUUCUUGAGGAGCUCCAGGUCUUCCAGGUUUCAUCUCCCAUCUUAACAUUGGAGAUUUCUUCUAAAAAGCAGCAACURUACGUGGGUUCCAGGGAAGGUCUCGCUCAAGUUUCCCUCAGCAGAUGUCACCUGUAUGGCCAGGCCUGUGCUGAAUGCUGCCUAGCACGAGACCCCUACUGCGCGUGGGAUGGACACACAUGCUCCCGAUAUGUCCCGGCAUCUAAGAGACGUUCCAGAAGACAGGACAUUAAAAAUGGAGAUCCUGCCAUUCAGUGCUGGGACACAGAAGACAGUCACGGUGGCGGCAACGUGGAGGAGAGAGUUCUUUUUGGAGUUCAGAACAACUCCACCUUCCUUGAAUGCAUCCCAAAGUCUCAACAGGCCCAAAUCCGGUGGUACAUGCAAAAAUUGGGAUCUGAACGCAGGGAAGAGGUCAGGCUGGACGAUCGUGUUGUCCACACAGACCGAGGACUUCUAAUUCGCUCCCUCCAUGCCUCUGACGUUGGCAUAUACUUCUGUGUGGCUCAGGAACACACACACUUCACACACACUCUCCUUCGUCUCACGCUGCAGCUUCUCACACACGGACAACUUGACAAAAAACCAAAGCUCAGCGAAGACGUCGUAGAGCUGCACCAUAACGCAGAGGCCCGUCAACGUUACAAGGACUAUUUGAGAGUAAUGAGCUCUCCCUUCCACUCCUURGAAGAGUACUGCGAUUCACUUUGGCUGGAUAAGAGGGCGUCCAGGAUGAGAGGGAAAAGUUUAGGACAUGGCAAAUGGAAACACAUACAGGACAUGAAGAAGAAUAGAAACAGGAGACACCACAGGGACAGAGAGGAAGACAAAGAGAGAAAGAGCAGAGGGAGGGUAAUUAGGGCAGUGUGAAGGCGAAGAAGAGGGRCAAGACAUGAAUAUUUUUAUAAACAAACUUCUUCUGUACAUCUAAGAAUGGGGUUAAGGGUGAAACUAGUGGGACACAGAAAUGUAAAGUUGCUGCCCUAAAUGAGGUUCUGACAAAGUUCUGCCAAUUUGAUGUCUGACUAAUUAUCCAAAUGUUUCCAAACCUUUACACUUUUUUUCUUUUUUUCAUCUGUAUGUUUAUACCUUGGGAAGUGAAAACAAUACUGAUUGCAUACAUGGGUAACUACACAAUUAUUUUAUAGUGACAAAGCAGUUUUUGCAACUUUAUCGUCUAUAAGCUUUAAAGCCAUAUUUCUUUCUCCAGCUGAAUUCCAUCAACACAACACUGUUUAAUAAAAAAAUGUUAAAGGUAAAAUAAAAAUACUUAAGGAAAAUUUGACGACAUUGCAUAAAUGUUAAAUUAGUGUAAAUAUUUAUGUAACAUGUACAGUAAGUGUAGCAUUCUACUUUUUCUGCAAUACCAUUUUGUAUUUCUAAAAAAAUAUGUUAUGUUGUAUUUCCUCCCUCCUGUUUGAUGUAGACUUGAUAGAUUUUGUUAAUUUACUAGUGUUUCAAAAAGAUAUUUAAAUAAAAUUACCUCACAUUCGUGA